GACGCCACGAGACACAUUCGACAAUAAUGGGUACGUGGUUAAUAAUAGUUCUGCUCGUGGGCUCAGCUGAACUACUUCCUCUGGAUGAUACUGACAGCGCUGAGAGUCCGAUAUCUGUUUGGCCUAAGAAAAAAGUGAAUUUCUCGGACUCUUACUUGCCAGCUGUAAGCCAAGUCCUCUUGUACGUAAUAGACAUGGUAAAACAAUUGCCACCUCCACCAAAACCUACAGGAGUGAAUAAAGUCAACGCGACGGCAGAGGUAACAACAAUCACCCCGAGUCGUCAGACUGAGUCAACACCAGACGUAACAACAAGCACUCCGAUUAAAACUGAAUCAACGACAAAGGUAACGCCUAGUACUCCGUCUCAGACUGAGUCAACACCAGCCGUCACACUAAGCACUUCAGUUCAGAGUGAACCGACAGAACGGAUAACAUCAAGCACUCUAAGUCAGACUGAGUCCACGGCAGAAGUAACACCAAACCCGUUGAGUCAAAAUGAGACAUCAACAGAGACACCCCCAAGCAUUCUAAUUCAGACGGAGUCAACAUCAGAGUUCACACCAAGAACUACAAUUCAAACUGAGGCAACAGUACAGAUAACAUCAAGCAUUCCUAGUCAGAAUGAUUUAACAGAGAAGAUAACACCAAAUAACACAAUAUCGUCAAAAGAACGUAUUCCAGGGUCAAUAAGUUACACCGAGUCACCAGCAGAACUAGCAACACAAGGCAUAACUCAUAAUAUCGAAGAGCACACACGAUUUGGUUUUGAAGACACCGAAGAGUCUCUUCUAAAUUUCGACAAGGACGCACUACGGGGAUCUUCAAGAUUUACAAAGAGGCCAACAACGAAAUCCAGUAUUUUGAUUAGGCUGAUCAAGCUUGUGAACGCUCUUAACAAAGAAGCUAAGCGACAAGGUUUUACUUCAAUUCAGGGAUAUUCGCAGGCUGUGCUGGAGACGUUGGAAAAGAGUUCUCUGCAGAGUACGUCCCGAGAUCAGUUGCGGACUUUAAUUCAGCUCAUGCUUAAGAAUAACAACAUUAGGACAAAAGAUGCUAUCUCUAAGACUAACAACUUACUCGAGAUCUUGGGUAGGCCAGGCCUAAUGCAAAAUGCCCUCAACCGUAUUCCACCACUUAAAUACACUUUAUAAUUUAAAUGCAACAAAUAUAAAGGUUGAGAUUUCGAGUAUAUCAAUUUUGAACAAUAUUCAUAUGGUGUAAUAUUGUAGGUAAUGCUAAUUUUUGUCAUUAUAUUGUAUUUUUGGUCACUACCGAAUUUUAAAUUUGAUUAAUGUUAACCAAGUUUUUGCUCGACAUAUUUUGUUUGUCAAUGGAAGAUAGAAUUGUGUUUCCUUCUAUGUAUUGAAGUCCAGAUCAAAAUAUAGUUUAUCCAUGUGGAUAUGUAUUGUAAGAUUUUACAUUUAUUUAAUCAUGUAAAUCGUUUUACUUUUAUUUUAUCGAGCGUGAUUAAUGUUAAUUAAUGUUUUUAAUGAAGUUAUUACUAUUUUAAGUUCAGUAGGUAUGGACAAAAUUUAAACUUUAAGCUUUCCUUGUAAAACUUUCCUUUGAACUAUUCAACUGUGCUGUGAAUGAUGAGUCUGAUAAGUUAUUCUAAGUAUCAAAAGGCUAUAUUACAGCUAUAGCAUAGAAACCUCUAAAAUAACUUACAGAAAGAUCAUCUAAAUAUUUUCCUUAGACUUUGUGUACAGAAUGUGCCAAUACUGGAGGGUACAUGUUUUGUUCUCAACAUUUUAAAAUGUAAACCUGUCUUUAAUGGCAUAUUGUUUUAAAGCUAUUUUUAACAAAAAUAUAUGUAAAAAUUGGUUCUCAUAAUAUCAAACUAUUCCAAAGUAACCACCUAAGACAUAAACUAAUUGAAUUUUCACACAAAACUCGCAUUUCUUUUUAAAGUUAAAAAAAAAUAAUGAAAGAAGGAUAUUCUUAAUCUGCAUUGACCUUCUUUCAGAAUGACAUACAAGAUAGUCGUAUUUACCAAAAUCUUUCUGAAAAUAAAUAUUUAAACAUAGAAGCCAUACCAAAGACAAAGUAAGAGAGUUACGUCAUUUGGUGCCCCAUUUAAAGGUAUUUGAAUCACAACUGAUUUAUAACUAUAACAGUUAUCACUCUAUAACUAUUUUAAUUAAGAUAUUUAAGCGUGUUUCAAUAUUCAAUGUGUCUACUCUAUGUUUAUUAGCCUAACAUUUCUAAAUAAAAUGAAUAUAUUAAUAUCUUCUCUUAAAGAACCACUUAACAAUGGACAUAUAUACUAAAAUUAACAUUUAACAAUGUUAUAAAAAUAAACAUGACUAGCAGUAUUGAUUUAACUUAGCAGUAGACGUUGAUUCUAUUUAGACAAAAUAUGACAGGGCUCUUCUUCUUACAAUAUGUCGGAAACGUAAUUAGAAAUAUUAGUUUUACGAACAAACCUGUUGGGAUAAAGCAUAGAUAAAUUUAAGAAAAUACAGUUGAAGAAGCAAUCAAAAUUUAAUAUUUGUAAAAUUUAGUAUAUACUUUAUUUUUAGUUGAUAUGGUUGUAGUAUAGAAUUUAAUUUCUUAAGUAUAUAUAAAAGUUAAUUUCCUUUAAACGUACUCUUUAUUAUACUUUUCAUUGGAGUAAAAUGUAUUUAGUCAUUAA